AUGUCGAGAGCAUCUAACGCCGCAUAUGAUAGGCAUAUUACUAUCUUCUCUCCGGAAGGAAAGCUAUUCCAGCUUGAGUAUGCACUCAAAGCGGUCAAAAACUCAAAUGUCACUGGUCUAGCAAUAAAGGAUGACAAGGCUAUAGCUGUGGUAUCACAGAAAAAACUAUCAGCACAGCAUGGUAACCAGGAUGUACUGCUUGAUCAAUCAUGUGUUACACAUAUAUAUCAUGUAACCGACGAAAUUAUGGCGCUACUUAUCGGCUUUCCUGGCGACUGUAUGAGUGUUUUGUACAAGAGUCGGGAGCUUGCGCUGGAAUACCAAUACAAAUAUGGCUGUAACAUACCAGCAAAGGUCUUGUGCGAGAAAAUCGCUGAUAUCAACCAAGUACAUACUCAACAUGCUUAUAUGCGACUACGUGCCUGCACUGGUUUAAUUAUGUCAAUUGAUGAUGAAAGUGGGCCGGUUAUUUAUAAAUUUGAUGCUUCCGGUUGGUAUACAGGUUACAAGGCAUGUGGCAUUGGUGCGAAGGAUCAGGAAUCGGAGAAUGCUCUUGAGCGUAUCCUCAAGCAGCGUGAGACCGUUUCUUUGAGUGAGAAGGUGAAAUCAGACCUCCAAGUUAACACAGAGACACACCAUCUCUCUGGAGGACUUGAGACUAGGGUGACUGUUGAAGCUUUGAAGGCAAUGAUCGCAAUAGAUGCAUUAGAUCAAUUGAACGGCGCCAAAGGUGUAGAGGUCGCCGUUAGCACCGCAGACAAUCCAGUCUUCAGGCAACUUAGCGAACAAGAAAUCGAGACAUACUUGACACAUAUAGCUGAGAGCGACUAA